AUGAGUCAAGACUUGGUGCAUCAAAGGACUAAACCUAAUGUGGGAAAGUUGAUAGAAAAUUAUUUUUUGAAUGAAAGCUUAGGAACAGAAUGCAAUCCUAAGUGUGGAGGCUGCAAAUGUGGAAAAUGCUCAACCAAGGGAAAUUUAACCAUUAAGGAAGAAAGAGAGAAGAAACUUAUUGAAGAUGGAUUAACUUAUGACGCGAAACAUCAGUGCUGGAUAGCUAAGUAUCCUUGGAUUUAUGAUCCGGCUAAACUACCUGAUAAUUAUCCUAUGGCAUUUGCUAGAUUAAAGGCCACUGAACAGAGAUUAAUGAAGAUGGGGUCAACCCAGUGUGUAAAGUAUCAAGAACAAAUAAAAGACAUGUUGGAUAGAGGAGUAGCGGAGAAAUUAUCAAAGGAGGAAGUAAUGACUUACAAGGGUCCAAAGUUUUAUCUACCCCAUCACGAAGUUUACAAGGUAGACUCCAUUUCAACCCCAGUAAGGAUAGUGUUUAAUGCAGCAGCAUCCUACAAAGGGGUCUCUCUCAAUGACAUGCUUGCAAAGGGGCCAGAUGUGAUAAACAACUUAAUUGGAAUCUUGCUGAGAUUCAGAGAGGAGGAGAUUGGUAUGGUUGGAGAUAUUAGAAAAAUGUAUCAUACUGUAAAGCUUUCAGAUGAAGAUAUGCACACUCACAGAUUUUUAUGGAGGAACUUUCAACUAGAGAGAGAACCCUCACACUAUAAAUUGAAGACGGUAACAUUUGGAGACAAACCUUCUGGGCCGAUAGCAAUGUUGGCUCUUCGUAAAACAGCAGAAAUGAAUUGUGACUUCCCAUUAGCCUCUAAAAUGAUUGUAGAGGAUUCCUAUGUUGACGAUAUUAUAAGUAGUGUUGGUUCAACGAAUCAUGCAAUGGAAAGAAUCAAAGAAGUGGAGGAAGUUUUAAGACCAGGAGGUUUUCAGAUUAAAUAUUGGAUUCUCUCUGGAGAGGAUAACAGAAAUGAUGCCAUAAUCUCGAACACUGAUCAAGAAAAGGUUUUAGGGUUAGAAUGGAAACCCAAACAAGAUGUAUUUUCAUUUAAAGUUAAACUCAACUUCUCGAAAAGAACAAGAGAGGGCAGGACAGAACCAAAUGUGAGCUAUGGUGACUUUGAAAGCCGUAUCCCGUGUAUGUUGACUAAAAGAACUGUACUGUCGCAGUUUGCUACACUCUAUGAUCCUCUGGGACUGUUAACACCAUUCACACUGAAAACCAAGUUAAUGAUUCGCUCCAUUAUACUAGAAGCUAAUGAAAACAAAUCUAAGGGAUGGGAUGAGCCUAUCAGUGGAACUUUGUAUUUAGAAGCAGUGGAUUUAUUUCGGGAAAUGCUUGAAAUUGAAAAACUUACUUUUGGAAGAUGCUUAAGGACUACAGAUGUGACUACAGAUCCAGAGUUAAUUAUCUUUUGUGAUAGUAGCAUGAAAGCAUAUGGAGCUGUAGCUUACAUUAGGUGGAAGAAGCAGAAUGGCACAUAUUGUGUAAAACUCUUAUGUUCAAAGAAUAGAAUUGCUCCUAUGAGGCAAAUCAAUAUACCUAGACUGGAAUUGUGUGCUGCAGUUUUGGCAAGCAGAUUGAGAGUAUCCAUUGAAGGAGAAAUGAGAUAUAACUAUUCUAGGAUAAUCCACAUCACAGAUAGUGAGAUUGUAAGGGCACAAAUCCAAAAGGAAUCACAUAGAUUUAACACCUUUGUUGGAAGUAGAGUUGCAGAGAUUCAAUCAAAGACAGAGCCCAUAGAAUGGUAUUGGGUAUCUUCUAAGGAAAACAAUGCUGAUUUAACCACCAGGGAAUGCAGUCCCUUAGAGUUAGGGACAGGAUCUGUAUGGCAAAGUGGUCCACAAUUUCUCUAUCGUGACUUCUCAGAAUGGCCAGUGAAACAGAAUACAGUGUCUGAUCUCCCUGAUACUGUGUUUGCAAAGGUAACCAUGAACACAGGAGAGAUUACUACACCUAAUGAGUUAAUCAACAUCCAAAAUUUCAGCAAUUUGAAACGGCUUUUGUCGGUAAUGGCUCGAGUCAUAAAUGUAGUAAGAAAGAGAUCAUUUAAAGCUAUAAUAUGUGAUCCUAAUGCAGAGGAUAUACAGAGAGCAGAAUUAUUUCUUGUUAAGAACGCUCAAACAAGCCUGCCACAAGACUGGGAAAAGAAAUAUAAACGUCUAGGACCAAGGAUGAGAGAAGAUGGCAUUAUCACUGUGGGAAGUCGAAUGUCAAAAUGGAUAAUGGUACACAGUUAG